AUCCUGUGUCGUUUUUGUGGGCGUAUUUCACGACUACUCCAAUCACACGCUCGAUUCAGUCAAGGUUGGGUUCAGUGCAGGGACAGAGGAACUGCUGCUGUCAACUUAAAAAAGCCCAGUUGUCCAUCCAGCACCAUGGGAAAGAAGAGUCGAGUGAAGACUCAGAAGUCGGGGUCAGGAGCCUGCGCUGUGGUUUCCCCCAAGGAGACGAUGAACCUAAUCUCUGAACUGCUGCAGAAAUGCAGCAGUGCAGCACCCUCUGCUGGUAAAGAGUGGGAGGAGUACAUCCAGAUCAGAGGCUUAGUGGAGAAGAUCUGCAAAAAACAGAAGGGUAUGUCAAUAGUGUUUGAGGGCAGCAGAGAGGACUACUUCCCAGACUUGAUGUCCUGGGCUCAAGAAAACGGAGCUUCCUGUGAUAGCUUCACAGUGGCCAACUUUGGAACGGAGGGCUACGGCCUGCGAGCCACCAGAGACAUCAAGGCAGAGGAACUAUUCCUGUGGAUUCCCAGGAAGAUGCUAAUGACUGUGGAAUCGGCCCAGAACUCUGUACUAGGUCCUCUGUACAGCCAGGACAGGAUUCUACAGGCCAUGGGCAAUGUGACACUAGCCUUCCACCUGCUGUGUGAGCGGGCCAACCCUGCUUCAUUCUGGCUGCCAUACAUCCGCAGUCUUCCUCAGGAGUACGACACACCGCUUUAUUACCAGCAGGAUGAGGUGCAGGUGCUGCUGGGCACACAGGCAGUGCAGGAUGUCCUGAGCCAGUACAAAAACACUGCACGCCAGUACGCUUACUUCUACAAACUGCUACAGACUCAUCCUGCUGCAAGCAAACUGCCCCUGAAGGACAGCUUCACAUUUGAGGACUACAGGUGGGCAGUGUCCUCGGUGAUGACCCGCCAGAACCAGAUCCCUACUGAGGACGGCAGCCGGAUUAUUCUGGCCCUCAUCCCCCUUUGGGACAUGUGUAACCACACAAAUGGACUGAUCACCACUGGCUACAACCUGGAGGAUGAUCGCUGUGAAUGUGUGGCACUGCAUGACUACAAGGAGAAUGAACAGAUCUACAUCUUCUAUGGCACAAGAUCCAAUGCCGAGUUUGUGAUCCACAGCGGCUUCUUCUUCCAAGACAACGCCCACGACCGAGUGAAGAUCAAGCUGGGCGUCAGUAAAAGCGAACGCCUCUACGCCAUGAAGGCUGAGGUGCUGGCUCGAGCCGGCAUUCCAGCGUCCUGUAUCUUUGCUCUGCACUGUAAUGAACCCCCCAUUUCAUCCCAGCUCUUGGCCUUCCUCAGAGUCUUCUGCAUGACAGAGGAGGAACUGAAGGACUAUCUGUUUGGAGAUCGGGCCAUCAAUAAGAUUUUCACCCUGGGCAACAGCGAGUGCCCUGUCAGCUGGGAGAACGAGAUCAAGUUGUGGACUUUCCUUGAGACUCGAGCUGCCCUGCUGCUCAAGACCUACAAGACCACCUCACAGGAGGACCGCUCUGUUCUAGAGAAACCUGAUUUGUCUCUCCAUUCUCGCAUGGCAAUCCAGCUCCACGUCGCCGAGAAACAAAUCCUAGAGAAGGCGUCUGCCAGUGGACAGGCCAAACGUUUGCACUUUGAGAAGAAGCUGGAGGAGGGUGCUCCAUUGCCUCUGUACGAGGAAAGCGAUAUCGCUUUGCUGGAGAAUACUGACGCAGAUGCAAAGCUUCCUCUCAUCUUACACAAGCUGGAGGAGGAAGAAGGCCAGGAGAUCCAGGCAGAGGAGCACAGUCACCUCCUGAAUGGGGAGAAGGCUGUGUAUGUUAUGGAUAUGGAGGCUAAUGGAGAGCCAGUGCAGGAGGAGACUCAGGAGAAGGUCAGCAAAGAUGCUAAUUCAGCUUCGGACUCAAUUAGGAGUUCAACCCAGAAGGGCCAAAGGGAAGUGGUCAAUCUAAGUGCCAGUCGAACUGAAGAUAAUUCCAAAGAGAACAGUGAAUAAAUUGAUUUCACUUACUGCCACA